AUGGACACAGGAAUAAAUCAGAGUAUAGCCCCACAGGGACCACUAUCUGCAGCGCAAACCAGUCCUACCACUUACCUUGAACUUUCCCACCCGACCUGUUGGCAUUCAGAGACUGUAGCCAUCGAAUUCUCUUUGGAGGAGUGGCAAUGUCUAGAUCGUGCUCAGCAGAAUUUAUAUAGAGAUGUGAUGUUAGAGAACUACAGAAACCUGGUCUCCCUGGGUAUUGCUGUCUCUAAGCCAGACUUAAUCACCUACCUGGAGCAAAACAAAGAGCCCUGGAAUAUAAAGAGAAAUGAGAUGGUAGCUAAACACCCAGUUACGUAUUCAUAUUUUACCCAAGACCUUCAGCCAGAUAAAGGCAUAAGAGAUUCACUCCAAAAAGUAAUACCAAGAAGAUACGGAAAAAGUAGUACCAAGAAGAUACAUGGACAUGAGAAUUUACAAUUUAAAAAAUACAAUGAAAGUGUGGGUGACUGUGAGGUGCACAAAAGAAGUUAUAAUGAAGUUAACCAAUGUUUGUCAACUACAUAUAACAAAAUAUUUCAGACUCAUAAAUGUGUCGAAAUCUUUGGUAAAUUUUCAAAUUCCAAUAGACAUAAGACAAGACAUACUGAAAGGAAACAUUUCAAAUGUAAAAACUAUGGCCAGUCAUUUUGCAUGCUUUCGCACCUAAAUCAACAUCAGAUAAUUCAUACUAGAGAGAAUGCCUACAAAUGUGAAGAAUGCAGGAAAUCAUUUAACUGCUUCUCAACCCUUACUAAACAUAAAAGAAUUCAUACUGGAGAGAAACCCUGCAGAUGUGAGGAAUGUGGCAAAGCUUUUAGCUGGUCCUCAACCCUUGCUAAACAUAAAAGAAUUCAUACUGGAGAGAAACACUACACAUGUGAAGAAUGUGGCAAAGCCUUUAGCUGCUCCACAAUCCUUACUGACCACAAGAGAGUUCAUACUGGAGAGAGACCCCACACAUGUGAAGAAUGUGGCAAAGCCUUUAGCCGGUCCUCAAACCUUGCUAACCACAGGAGAGUUCAUACUGGAGAGAGACCCUACACAUGCAAAGAAUGUGGCAAAACCUUUAGCUGGUCCUCAGACUUCACUUAUCACAAGAGAAUUCAUACUGGAGAGAGACCCUACACAUGUGAAGAAUGUGGCAAAGCCUUUAUCCAUUCCUCAAACCUUGCUAACCACAAGAGAGUUCAUACUGGAGAGAGACCCUACAGAUGUGAAGAAUGUGGCAAAGCCUUUAGCUUAUCCUCAAACCUCACUUACCACAAGAGAAUUCAUACUGGAGAGAGACCCUACACAUGUGAAGAAUGUGGCAAAGCUUUUAGCCGGUCCUCAAUCCUUGCUAACCACAGGAGAGUUCAUACUGGAGAGCGACCCUACACAUGUGAAGAAUGUGGCAAAGCCUUUAGCCGGUCUUCAAUCCUUGCUAACCAUGGGAGAGUUCAUACUGGAGAGAGACCCUACACAUGUGAAGAAUGUGGCAAAGCCUUUAGCUGGUCCUCAAACCUCACUUACCACAAGAGAAUUCAUACUGGAGAGAGACCCUAUACAUGUGAAGAAUGUGGCAAAGCCUUUAGCCAUUCCUCAAACCUUGCUACCCACAAGAGAGUUCAUACUGGAAAACCCUACAAAUGUGAAGAAUGUUACAAAGCUUUUAAGUGGCCCUCAGGUCUUGCUAAUCAUAAGAUAAUUCAUACUGGAGAGAAACCCAGUGAAUGA